AUGGCCUCGGGACUGCCAACUCCUCAAAUCGACAACGAUGACCUCGACUGUGGCUAUGCCUUCUACCUUCAAAGCAGUAGCAGUGACAGCUCAAACGGGUUCUACGCUGCAGUCAGCGCUGGCACUGGCGGCUUGGCCACCUUCACGGCAAACAAGAAUCUAGCGACAAAGUUUACCAUCGACUCUUCCGGAGACCUUGUCGAACAAAGCCCUUCUCAAGGCUUUGUUGGCACAUUGAAUCCAGAGAUGAAUGCCCAGAAGCUGGGAUUCAAGGUGUACGAUGGAAGCAACAGCUACGGGCGUCUCAACUGCCAGAGACAGAGUGAAGGUCUCAGCUGCAAUGUGGGCGGAGUGGCGUAUACUGCUGCUACGUGUGGAAAUGAUGGAGCACUCUACUUUACAAAGACGAUCACGGCUGGGUGUACGGCGAUCAAUCUUGUACCAGUCCUUCCUUGA